CAGACAAAGACAUCUACAGAAUAAGAAGUGCAUCUGAAGCAAGUUCAUUCUAUUUCAUCAUGAAAUCUUUCUUUUUUCUGCUUCUAGCAGGCAGUGUAAGAUUAAGUUCUACUGAACGAGGAUAUUUUUGGCAUCUGACAGACUUACAUUUGGACCCAAACUACACAGUUACUUCGGACCCUAGGAAAGUGUGUCCCUCAGCAGGAGACCAGUUGGUAACAGAUGCUGGACAAUGGGGAAAUUAUCUGUGUGACUCUCCUCGUGUCCUUAUCAACUCAUCUAUCUACGCUAUGAAGAGUAUCCUGCCAAAACCAGACUUCAUACUGUGGACUGGAGAUGACACUCCUCAUGUGCCCAAUGAGCAACUUGGUGAAGAGGCUGUGCUUGAGAUCAUCAAAUGGCUGACAAACCUAAUCCAACAAAUAUUUCCAACUACUAAAGUGUACUCUGCACUUGGAAAUCACGAUUUUCAUCCCAAAAGCCAGCUGCCUCCGCACAACAAUUCUAUAUAUUACCGGAUCUCAGAAUUUUGGAGCCCAUGGCUCAAGAAUGAAUCAGUGAUAAGUUUCCAAAAAGGAGCAUAUUACAGUGAAGAGUUAAAAGAUGUAGGAGCUGCAGGUCGUAUGAUCGUUUUGAAUACCAACCUGUAUUAUGAUUCUAACAGCCUUACAGCCAACAUGAAAGAUCCAGGAGACCAGUUUCAGUGGCUGGAAGAGCAAUUAAAUAAUGCUUACCUUAAAGGAGAAAAGGUUUAUAUUGUGGGGCAUGUUCCUCCGGGGUAUUUUGAAAAGAAACGAGACAAACCUUGGUUCAGAGAAGAGUUCAACAAACGUUUUAUUGAGAUCAUACAAAAACAUCAUGGAGUGAUACAAGGACAAUUUUUUGGGCAUCAUCAUACAGACUCUUUCAAAAUGUUCUACAGUGAAUCAGGCACUCCAAUUAGCAGUAUGUUUAUCGCUCCAGGGGUAACGCCAUGGAAAACAACACUACCUGGAGUUGAAAAUGGAGCCAACAAUCCUGGAAUCAGAGUUGUUGAAUAUGACAGGCAAAACCUUCAAGUUUUUGAUAUAGUUACAUACUACCUGAAUCUUACUUAUGCCAAUAAAGUGUCUCCAAGAUGGGAAAAGGAAUAUCGUCUAACAGAGGCAUUUCAGGUUCCAGAUUGUUCCGCACAAUCCAUGCACAGCGUGCUGAGAAAGAUAGCUGAUGAUUCUUGUUACCUCCAGAAGUAUUACGAAUAUAAUUCAGUCAGCUACGACUUAGAAGCCUGUAAUAAAUCAUGUCGGGCUGAUCAUGUAUGUGCCAUUCGUGAGGUCGAUUUCAACAAAUAUAAGGAAUGUAUUAAAACAGAGAGCUCCUCAAUAAGGCAUACGUUUAAAAUCAUUGUGCUGUUCAUUGCGAUGUCUGUUUAUUUGUUUACAUUUGAUUUGUAAAUGAAUUAAAAUAUGUUAGGCCUAGUAGCCACAGAUCA